AUGUUGCGAUUAAGGCAGACGGUCAGGCGGAGUCUACCCGCACAGACACGUCGACAAGCGAGCUCGCACUCGGGCGGUGGCUCGGGAGGUCCUUACAAUGGCUUCGUGCCUCCCAUGCCGUCUCUAUGGCACACUGCAACCGCCAAAGCACUGGGUGCAACGAUGUGGUUCUUCAUCUUCUAUAGAUUCAGAGAGGUAUGA